AUGGCUAUAAGAGUUGGCUUCCCUCCAGUCCCCUCUAUAGCCCGCUCUAUAGCCCCACCGGUUUUGCCCCCAAAGGCAAUUGUUUUUGUGGUCCAACACUAUUGCCAUGCAGUGAAGUAUAGAGUAGUGUUAGUAGUGUUCGCCCUCAUUUGCCGGGCGGACACGUUAUCCAAUUCUCCCGUCUAUUCAUACAAUCGCUGGACUAGAGCUGAACAGAAGAAAGAAAUCUUCAGUUCCCUUCGUAUUGUGUUUGUGAUCCCCUUUUGGUCCAAUGAAUCCCUAUUGGUAUACAUGAAUGAACACUCAGAAGCACUGCAAGUGAACUACAGUUUCGGAUUCAUCUCAACAAAAAAAUUGCAAAAAGAAAACGAGCAGUGCGUCCAAAGCCUGUGGAGCUUCACAGCUAAUCACGUGUUUUUGGCUGUAUUUCUGCUCAUCUCCUCUUCCAAUGUCUCACUGAAUGGGAGUAUGGAAAUAGUGAUGCAAAUACUGAUGCAGUUGUGCUGCCAUUGA